UUUUCCUACUAGGUAUAUCUUUCAUUUUCGUGGACAAGUCUCAGCGAUCAUUUACACAUCUUUGGUUCAAAUAUUUACAGGACAAUGGUUCUUAUCACGUACUGCUUGUUACGUGCAAGAAAAAAUGUUUCAUUUGUACUGAGAAAUCUACAUCAAACACUUCCCAAUCAUGGGCGUCCUGAAAAGCGUCGGGUCGUGAUCACAGGGUUGGGGGUUGUUUCACCAGUCGGCUGCAACGUUGAUACGGCAUGGCGAACAAUUCUCGAUGGCCAAUCCAAGAUAGGCCGAUUGGAAGGCGAGUCAUACGAUAAACUGCCCUGUCGGGUAGCUGCCACAAUUGACAAAAAAGAUAUCGACUUGGAAAAUUGUUUUACUAAAACCGAGCUCAAAACGAUGGCCCGUGCGACUGCAUUUGCGUUAAUUGCGGCCAAGGAGGCAUUAACGACGGCCGGAUGGACUCCGUCGAUCGAGGAUGAAAACGCCUGUCAACGCACGGGUGUGGCAAUUGGCAUGGGAAUGGUCGAUCUGAUGGACAUUUGUGAAACGAAUGAAGCACUCAAAAAAGGGUACAAUCGAGUGAGCCCAUUCUUUGUUCCUAGAAUCUUGCCCAACAUGCCAGCCGGACAGUUGAGCAUACGGUACGGAUUUCGGGGGCCAAAUCAUGCCGUUUCGACGGCCUGUGCUACGGGUGCUCAUUCGAUUGGCGAUGCGUUUCGUUUCAUCCAACACGGCGAUGCAGACGUUAUGGUUUGUGGUGGGGCUGAAGCGUGCAUUAGUCCGCUUGGUAUCGCCGGUUUCUGCCGUCUGCGAGCUCUUAGUACGGCUUUUAACGACGAACCUGCGCUAUCUUCCCGACCGUUCGACAAGCAGCGGGAUGGGUUUGUGAUGGGCGAAGGAUCUGCUAUAUUUGUACUGGAGGAACUGCAGCAUGCCAAAGGGCGCAACGCCCCAAUCAUAGGAGAGGUGCUCGGUUACGGACUGUCCGGAGAUGCUUCUCACUUGACGGCGCCACGAGAGGAUGGAACGGGAGCCAUUUUGGCCAUGAAACGAGCGUUGGCCGAUGCAAAUCUCUCACCGGCCGAUGUCGGAUAUGUGAAUGCCCAUGCCACAUCUACGCCUAUCGGAGACGCAAUCGAAGCUCGCUCGAUAAGGACGCUCUUCGGUGAACAUGCACAGACGAUGGCCGUCUCAUCAACCAAAGGUGCCCAUGGACAUCUUCUUGGGGCUGCGGGGAACCUGGAGGCAAUGUUCACGCUUUUGGCCUGUAAAAAUGGAACACUUCCACCAACGGUCAACCUGGAGCACGUUACGGACGACAUGAAGGGGCUGCAUUAUAUCGCGAACCGUUCCGAGCAGUGGGAAUCUAAUCGGCGAAGAAUUGCGCUUAAGAAUUCUUUCGGAUUCGGCGGUACAAACGCGUGCCUUUGCAUUGGUGAAUAUAGCGAAUAA